AGAAAUUUCGUUGACUCUCCCAAAAGCGCACAGCCCCGAAGACAAUCCGUGAUGGACGAUCCGCACUACAUGAAUAAUGUUCGGUAUGAUCGUCAGCUGCGUAUUUGGGGCGAGCAUGGACAGAGAAAAAUAGAGGGGUGCAAAGUUUGUGUGCUAAACUGCGGACCUACAGGCAGCGAGACGAUAAAAAACCUUGUUCUGGCUGGCAUUGCGUCCUAUACAUUAGUGGACAACACAGUAGUCGAGGAAAGUGAUUUGGGCAACAACUUUCUGGUUAAUGAGGCAGACCUUGGCAGGGGUAAGGCUAGCACUGUUGCUGCAAAUCUCCAGGAGCUGAAUACUUCUGUGGCGGGCUCUUUUGUCGACGAGUCUCCGGAUGACAUUGUACAUAAUAACCCUGCAUUUUUUGAGAGUUUCACGGUCAUUUUAGCCACUCAGAUGUCUUUAAGAAACCUCGUCGCACUUGAUGUCAUCUGUCGUCAGGUUGGAAUCCCUCUGGUUGCACUACAGUCUUAUGGACUCACGGGAACCAUUCGCUUAUCGCUGACAGAGCAUACCGUUCUCGAUGCAAAACCUGAAGAAUCUGACCACGACCUGCGGCUGUCACAACCCUGGCCGGAACUAUGCUGUUUUGUACAACAGUUCAACUUGUCUACUUCUGACGACACAACGGUUAGGCAAGUACCACACGUGGUACUGCUCCUGCAGGCUGCACUUCAGUGGCGCGCAAAACAUUCAGGAAGGUCUCCAGAGGACCACAUUUCUCAGAAGGCAUUCAAGGAUUCGAUUCGCACCUCACAAUUCACACUCGAUGAGGAAAAUCUCAGAGAAGCUCUGGAGUCUGUGCGGCAUGUGUGGAAGCCACAUACUGUCCCACCAAAUGUGAAAAAGCUAUUUGAAAGAAUUGAGGUCGACAAUUUGACCUCUAGUACGCCUAACUUUUGGUUCCAGGUCGCAGGUUUGCGUGCAUUUCUUGUUGAUUCAGGUGGCAUCAUGCCUCUCCGGGGUGAUAUUCCGGACAUGGCUUCUGCAACAGAAUCGUAUAUUGCACUGCAACGAGUAUAUCGAGAAAAGGCUGCAGUAGAUGCCGCGGAGGUUCACGCACACAUCUGUAAUUUCUUGCAUGGAGCAGGGAAACGCGGGGAAACUUUUUCACUGAAAGAUACUGUCAGUUUCUGCAGAAACGCGGCAAACCUACAAGUGAACCACUGGAUUACUCUUGCUGAUGAAGCUGCUUGGAAAUCUGACUGUAGUAAAAACAUUUCUUGUCAGCUGGCUGGAGAAGAUACUCAAUCCUGUGCUGCUCUGUAUUUGAUACUACGUGCAGUUGACUCGUUUAAAGAAAAGUAUGGACGAGCACCAGGUGAAGUUGCGGUAUUGCCAACCGCACUAUUGCUAGGUGCAGCGAAGGAUGAUAUGGCGAAGAUUGAUAUUUCUCGUCUCAGAAUUAUCUUGCAUGGCAUACUUAGUGAGCUUGGGCUGAGUAAGUUGGGCCUUUUCGAUGACCUGAUAGUGGAAUUCGUUCGCUCUGGUGGUUGCGAGCUCCAAACUGUUGCAAGUAUGGUUGCUGGUAUCGGCUCCCAGGAAGUCAUAAAGCUUGUCACGCAACAAUUUGUGCCUUGCGGAAAGACUCUGGUCUAUGACGCAGUCGACUCGGCUGUUCUAUCGAUUAUGUAGACCAUGUAAUGAUUCAGAGAGCACAACUAAUCUGAUGACAGGUUUUAUAUCACACAAUUUUAUAUGGCUAGAUAUGAUAUUCUGAUCUGAUAGUACAUAUAUGUGUAUUUCAGUCUGCGCUUGCGCGGUCUUAGGAAAAAUUUCACCAGAACGCCCCUUGCUGACUGAAAUGCCCAUACGAAUGCAAGGGCGGAUCUCCUUCCGUCCUUCCCAGUACUAUCUCCGAAAAUGCGUAUGUGCUCUAGUAGGCCCCCCGCGACCCAGAACGAAAUCGGAACGAAGUUGAGUCCGGGCACAUUCCGUCUCCCCCAACAACCGGGGGGGGACAGAAGGACCAGGUUUGCAAAAAAAAUAGAUGAGGUGCACUAUCAUAUUAAUGAUAAAUUAUAAAAUUCAUAUC